AUGACGACACAGCAACCACGACAGAUCUGCGUAAUUGGUGCCGGUGUGAUCGGCCUUAGUACCGCCGUUAAUAUAAUAGAAACCAUACCAGAUGUGGAAGUCACGGUAAUCGCCGAACGUUUCUCCCCAAACACGACGAGUGAUGUCGCUGCUGGGAUAUGGCUGCCACCCGAUGCACGCGCGGAGCAUGAGUUGGGCGAAGACGUACAGCGAAUUAAGAAGUGGUGUUUAGACUCACGUCGGCACAUCCAAAGGUUACACAACAGUGAGGACGCGGCUGCAGCAGGGGUACAACUUAUAUCAGGAUUUCAUCUUUUUGAGAAACCUGAAUAUUCGCACGAGGCUAUAUAUGAUAAAGACUUACUUUUCGGAUAUCAGAUGUUGACAGGAACAAAUAGAACGCCAUUUCCACAAUUUAGAAAUGGGUCUACUUUCACAACGUAUAUUGUCGAAUGUGGCAUAUAUUUGCCAUGGUUGAUGGCCAGGUUCACAAGUCGAGGUGGACAUAUCAUAAAACAGAAAGUUAAUUCCUUGGAGGAACUGGUGGACAGAUUUGAUUUGGUAGUCACGUGUGUUGGUCUUGGAGCAAAGCCGUUGCUAGGCGAUAGCUCCAUGGUCGCUGUGCGCGGUCAGCUCAUCAAGGUCAAGGCACCGUGGUGCAAGAACUUCGUACGUGUCUUUGGUAGCCCCAUGGAGCAAACAUGUGCUUACAUUUACCCGGGAAUAAAUCAUGUAAGUUUAGGUGGAACUAAUCAAGAAAAUUACUGUAGCGAAGAAAACGACCAACAAGAUAUUGACAGAAUAUGGAAAAACUGCAUUUCAGUAAUUCCGGCGUUAAAGAACACAGAGUCGCGUUAUACAGCAGGUCUACGUCCAGUAAGGAAACGUGGUGUUAGGUUAGAACCGGAAUCAUUCCAGUAUGGGCAAAAGUCAAUUAAGGUUGUUCAUAAUUAUGGUCAUGGAAGUUAUGGUGUUAUUGUACACUGGGGAUGUGCAAUAGAAGCAACUCAACUGGUGGCUAGACAACUGGAUUCACUGAAACGCUCCCAAAUUAAGUCAAAUUUGUGA